AUGUCUUUCUACGCUAGGCUAGCAGUGCCUUUGCUUUUUGCCCUCCCAACUUUCGCAGCCCCUACACUGCCACCAGACCUUGGGCCCUUGACACUUUUCGAUGAACUCAAGGCCUUGCCCAGCGAGUGGACCAAAGCCAGCGGCAAUGCCAGCGAGUCCAAACUCAACGUCAAGAUCGGUCUGAAGCAAUCCAACAUCCAGGGUCUCGAGCAGAGGUUGCUCGAGGUCGCCACGCCUGGUAAUGCGGACUACGGAAAUUGGCUGUCCAAGGAAGAGAUCGACUCGUAUGUUGCUCCUUCAGCGGUCAAUGUUGCCCUAGUGAAGACUUGGCUCGCACUGUACGGUAUCACCGAUGUCACUAGCCCUACGAGCGACUGGCUGGCAUUCUCUGCACCGGUAUCGACCAUGGAAGCGUUGUUGGGCACGCAGUACGACUUUUAUACGCACCCUUCUCGCAAGGGGGCAAUCCCAAGAACCACCCAGUACUCGGUGCCUCUCCUCCUGCACGAUGUGAUUGAUCUGGUCACCCCGACCACGGCAUUCUACCGCAAUCUGGCCCCGCAGAAGAGUGUCGCAGCCCCUGAGAGCAAGAGACGUACCAAACGUCAGUCCUGCACCGGGACCACCAUCACACCAAAGUGUCUCUACCAGCUGUACAACGUCACCUACACCAGCAAAGGCAGCCAGACCGUCGCCACAACCGAGCUCAUCGAAGUCGGCGCCGUGCACUCCGACUACGCUUCAUUCGCCAAGCAAUUCUCCAUCAGCAGCACCCUAGCCGAUUUCACCGACGUCUCCGUCUCCGGCGGCAGCAACCCAGGAACCAGCGCCGAUGAGGGUACGCUUGAAGGUAAUCUGGACACUCAGUACAUGGGCGCGAUCGCAAGAACGUUCGUCAAGAACCAAUUCCUCGCCCUGGGACCUUCUGGGGAGUCGGACCAAGACUUCGAGGACGAGCUGGCUAACUUGGCGAGUUACCUCACCUCUACCAGCAGCCCUCCCUCCGUCGUCUCGACGUCCUAUGGAGGAGAGGAGCAAGCCUUUUCCAGCUCGUACAUGACCCGAGUGUGCAACGAGUUCAUGAAGGCUGGUUCGGCUGGCAUUUCGGUUUUUUUCUCCUCCGGUGAUGGCGGCGUUGGCGGCAAUGGAGAGCCCAGCUGCAACAAUGGCUUCUACCCAGUUUGGCCUGCUGUUUGCCCGUACUCGACCGCAGUCGGUGGCACCAUGUUCUCCAGCGGAAAAGAGGUUGUUGCCAACGCGCAGACCUCUUCCGGCACAUUUACCCCUGGAGGAGGCUUCUCCAACACGUUCUCUACCCCAUCGUAUCAAUCAUCGCAGGUGUCCAAGUACAUCACCUACCUCAACGGCAAAUAUAACGGCCUGUACAAUGCCAAAGGGCGUGGAUUUCCCGACAUCUCUCUUGCUUCAGUCAACUACCAAAUCGUUGACGGUGGCUCGGUCGAAGGUGUGCUCGGUACCUCGGCCUCUUCGCCGACGUGGGCAGCGCUCGUCUCCCUCUUGAACGACUACCGUCAUUCACAGGGCAAGGCUACGCUGGGGUUCUUGAACCCCCUGCUUUACUCUGCGACGACCGGGCUCAAUGAUAUUACGUCGGGAAGCAAUUCGGGUUGCAACUCGAAGGGCUUCUCUGCGACGACUGGAUGGGACCCCGCGAGCGGUCUCGGAAGUAUCAACUUUGGCAAAUUCCUCUCGAACGUUUGA